GCGGAGAGCGGCCAUUUGGCACUCUCUCUUGAACAAGCAUCGCGAUAAGUCGCGUAAAUCAUACAUAUAUCAGUGACACGCAAUUUGGAUCUUUGAUUGUGAACAAGUCUCAGUGAGAGGCGUGAAAGACGACGUGUGCAUCCUGAAGACAAGUCUCCUGACAAUUAUUUAAUCCUGGGAUAUCAACAAACGUCCUAGAUCUUUCAGUAGCAUGUCCACGAUGAAUCCCGAAUACGAUUACUUAUUUAAACUGCUUUUAAUCGGAGAUUCUGGUGUUGGAAAGUCGUGUCUCUUGCUGCGUUUUGCCGAUGACACAUACACAGAAAGUUAUAUCAGCACCAUUGGUGUAGAUUUUAAGAUUCGAACUAUCGAUUUAGAUGGAAAAACGAUAAAACUGCAAAUUUGGGAUACAGCAGGUCAAGAACGAUUCAGGACAAUUACAAGUUCGUAUUAUCGAGGUGCACAUGGUAUUAUUGUUGUUUACGAUUGCACAGACCAGGAGACUUUUAAUAAUGUAAAACAAUGGUUGGAAGAAAUUGAUCGUUAUGCUUGUGAUAACGUCAACAAGUUACUAGUCGGCAAUAAAUGUGAUCUACAUACUAAAAAAGUAGUCGACUAUACAACAGCCAAGGAAUAUGCGGAUCAACUUGGCAUACCAUUUUUGGAAACAUCGGCCAAGAAUGCGAUGAAUGUUGAACAAGCUUUUAUGACAAUGGCUGCUGAAAUCAAACUCAGAGUGGGUCCACCCUCGAGCGGAGCAAGCGAUCCAGCGAAUAAAGUGAAAAUAGAGCAUGGACGACCAAUCGAAUCAUCUAAAUCUGGCUGCUGCUGAGAACUGUAAUUUUAUGUCCCGUUUAACCAAAAACAUCUAACGGUUGCGGUUCGGAUGCAAAAUUAAACUUAUUACUGGAAGCAUAAGAAUGUGGAGAAGUUUCAGUUUAUGCCAACAAAAAAAAAUAAGGAAGAAAUCUAACAUAUUCAUGGACCACCAACUCUUCCUCAGAGUUGUACAAAACUCUUGUCCGUCUGCCCUGAUUGAAUUUCGUUUUUGUAGUAACAUAUCUUUCUUUCCGAAGAAGAAAGGACGUGGUCACUCGACGCCAUUUUUUUCUAGCGUCAGGUUCGACUUGAGAUAAAUAUGUCGAAUUAGCAUUAAUAAUGUCAUGCGAGUGCAAGCGUGCGUGUAGUAAGGAGCAACUCGAAACUUUUGAAAAGUAAAUUGAAUAUUAUCGUGUACGGUGAUUAUAAAGAUAAGUACAUUUAUUUUAUUUUAUUUUUUUUUUUUUUUUUAGCCUAAUUGUAAUAUGUACAAUGGAGUAUCUGUUUGGCCCUGUGUAUAGCCCGCACGGAGUCACUUCUAUUCCUCUAUACUAUAAUCCAAAAUGUUUUCCCAUUUUUCGUUUUGUUUUCUCUGUUUACUCUGUUUACUUCCACAGAGAUGCGCGCAGAUGUUUAGAUCAUUUUUUCCUCUAGUGAGAUUCCCGCGAAUGAUAUGGGCCGCCCUUCCUUUUCUUCUCACACAGCUCAUUAGUGUAAUUUAUAAUAACAUAUUAAUAAAUAUUUCAACACUAAAAUUCUCGGAAUGCAUACGCAUAAACAUAUAUAUAUAUAUAUAUAUAUAUAUAUAUAUAUAUAUAUAUAUAUAUAUGUGUGUGUGUGUGUGUGCGCAUAUAUAUACAAUGUGUAUGUAUUCGAGAGAAAUAUCCCCCGCGUUUAAAGCGCAACAGGCCAAACGAUAGAACGCGAAAUUCUCGUUUGCGUCUUGAACUCUUUCGAUUGCCUGCGUUAUUUUUUUUUUUUUUACAAUUCAAGAUGCGAUCCGAGAAUCGAUUAAAAAAGGUCUAUUACACAGUUUCAGACUUACGAUCGCGUAGAAAACGGAUGUUUUAUACGAGAUAAGAUAUUACACAGUUACAUAUUUAAUCCAAAUCGUAUCUUUGUAUUGUGAGAAAGGCUAUUGUGACGGGUACACGAUAAAUAACGGCACUCGAAAUUGCAAAUAUAGUAACUGUAAUUAUUAUAUAUAUAAAGUGCGGAAAGGAGAAUAAAACACACGACUGUCUAAAUAAAAAA